UUUAAUACACAGUGCCUCUUUCAAUUUUCUCACCAACCCCCUAAGCAAACUGCUCCAUCUUUCUUUAAUUUUUCUUCACCUUCAAUUCUUGUGGAUUGCUUAUUCAACGCAUUCGUUCCCACCAAACACCCAUUGGUUUGGAGAUACGUACAAUGUUUCAAGUUCAAACCUUGCCUCGCAGAACACCUUCAUAAUUUUCUGUGCCACAAUCCAUUGAUGUUCAAUUUGUGAAACUUUUUCUUUCCUUCAAUGGCUACCUUAUACACAGCACCACCCCUCUUACGUUUUUCCUCCAGGAGGUCUCCAUCUUUGGCACCCCAUUUGAGUUUUGGUAAUUGGGGAAAAUCAGAGUUGGGAUUUGUGCCCAGAAUCUCACCAGCAAAGUUGCAAUGGAAAGGCAGAGAAGGGGAGUGGCGGAAAUGGGGUGUGAGGUGCACUGCAGAAGGAAUAGAUGGAGGCAUGUUUGUGAGAGGUAGAGAAGAAGGUAUAGCUUUCAGCAUCAUCCCAGAGAGGUUGAAGGUGGUGUCUUUGGUUGCAUGUGUCAUGUGUUUGUGUAAUGCAGAUCGUGUGGUUAUGUCUGUGGCCAUUGUUCCACUUGCUGCCAAACAUGGCUGGUCCAGUUCUUUUCUGGGCAUUGUUCAGUCAUCGUUCCUUUGGGGUUACAUAUUCUCUUCUGUGAUUGGAGGAGCUUUGGUAGAUAAAUAUGGAGGAAAGAGGGUGUUGGCCUGGGGUGUGUUUUUGUGGUCUUUGGCAACUCUUCUCACACCUUUGGCAGCCAACCAUUCCACAAUGAGCUUGUUGGCCAUUCGUGCUUUCUUUGGAUUGGCUGAAGGAGUAGCUUUUCCAUCCAUGAGCACUCUUAUAUCAAGGUGGUUUCCAACUAAUGAGAGGGCAAGUGCACUCGGAAUGUCAAUGGCUGGAUUUCAUCUAGGCAAUGUUGUCGGCUUAUUGCUGACACCAAUUAUGUUGUCCACUAUAGGAAUUUCAGGUCCUUUCAUCUUAUUCUCAUCCCUUGGUUUGCUCUGGAUGAUGACAUGGGCAUAUAGAGUCACAGAUGAUCCUGCAGAAAGUAAUUUCAUCAGCAGAGCAGAACAAAGGUUAAUCCAAGCUGGGAAAACUGCUUCACAAAAGAAAAGCAACAAGUUUCCACCUGUACAUCUUCUGUUAUCAAAAUUGCCAUCAUGGGCUAUAAUAUUUGCCAAUGCAAUGAAUAACUGGGGUUACUUUGUUCUCCUCUCAUGGAUGCCGGUUUAUUUCAAAAGUGUAUAUAAUGUGAACUUGAAGCAUGCAGCUUGGUUUAGUGCGGUUCCAUGGGCAACAAUGGCUAUGUCGGGUUAUCUAGCAGGUGUUGCAUCAGACUUUUUAAUCAAGGGAGGGUACCCCACAAUAUUUGUCCGGAAGUUUAUGCAGACCAUUGGAUUCCUUGGGCCGGCAGUGACCUUGCUCUGCUUGAAUUAUGCCAAUACACCCACCAUUGCUGCAACACUCUUGACUAUUGCUUUGAGCCUGAGUUCUUUCAGUCAGGCUGGUUAUAUGCUUAACAUACAAGAUAUUGCUCCUCAGUAUGCAGGAACUCUACAUGGAAUCUCAAACUCCGCUGGAACUGUAGCGGCUAUCAUAAGCACAAUUGGAACUGGUUAUUUUGUACAGUGGCUGGGAUCAUUUCAAGCAUUUUUAACUGUAACAGCUGGUCUCUAUAUCGUGACAACAAUUUUUUGGAAUCUUUUUGCCACAAGCGACCAAGUCUUGUGACCUUUUCCCUUCAAAAAAAUCUUCAUUUUUCCGUAUAGGCCAUCAGAAGCAAGGGAAAUUAUGAAUUCAAAAAGUUACCAUAUACAAUAAAUCAAUGUAUGAAAAUCAAUUUUCAACUCUCCUUUCUUACAUAAACAAAAAUUGUAUCAAUCCUUAGCUUAGUCCAUUGAUUAGGGGAGUCAGAAAAUUGUAUGUGGAAAAAUAUUUUCACAAAUAUGUGAAGUAUUUCUAUAAUACUGAUUAUUUAGAAAUGUUUA